UUUAUAGAAAAACAAAAAAAAAAAAACGAAAGAAAUCCAGCAUUUUCCCCUGGUGGAAUUGCAGAAGGGGACGAAGCAUCGUCAGGCUCAGGAAUAGAGAGAGAAAAGAGAGGAUCGACAUUGGCACAAGCAACAAAAGGAGCACGUGGCAAACAUACAGAAUCUUGAUCCUCAACAACACACAACGCUGCAAUUUUAUCUAUGCACACCAGAAAACAGAGAGAGGGAGAGGGAGAGGGAGAGAGGCUGUCGGAAAAGGAAUCCACGCACCAAGUAAGAAUUAAAUUUCCUUCUGUAGAAGAAAAAUGGACAAUACAAAUGCGGUGAAGGGAAUAAUAAAAGAGUAGGUUCCUAGUUGGGGUAGUUGCAAGAGCACAUUGGAAGGGAGGGAUUCUUCUGGUAUCGGAUUCUUGUUUGUUUAAUCCAACUCAUGCCUACUUAAUUCCCCCAAGAAUGCGAAUUCCAAAGAAGCCAGUUUCCUUUUGCCUUUCUCUUUUCUCUCCUGAAUUUCCCCGUCCUUUCGAUUCUCGAAUUAGCUUCUUUUCGGGAUUUCAUUAUAAAACUCCUAAUUUCUCCUUCGCUAAACCAAAGCAAAUUCACUCCGCAGGAGUCAAUCAGUUGCAUAUGAGCUAUAAGAUGGACAAGGGUCAGAAGGCUGUUUUAGGUGACCAGAGAUUGAGCUCUGAGCUUAUGGAGAGUAGGGAUGGAGUUCAAGAACCAUGCAUAUGGUCUUCUCCUGAAGGGGGGAAAGAUGAAGCUGAACUUGGAAAACGGAUCUUCUGCAAUAGGUCAUUGAACAUGAGAAAUAUUAUAGCUGUCGGCUUUGAUAUGGAUUACACGUUGGCACAGUAUAAGCCUGAAACCUUUGAGAAACUUGCGUAUGAAGGCACGAUUGAAAAGUUGGUGUCUAAUCUUGGCUAUCCUGAAGAGUUGUUGGGCUGGACAUUUAAUUGGAAGUACAUGGUCAGAGGAUUGGUUGUAGAUAAAAAGAGAGGCAAUAUCUUGAAGAUGGAUCGUCAUAAAUAUGUGAAAGUGGCAUACCAUGGAUUUAGAGAGUUGACCAAGGAAGAGAAAGUUGGCACCUAUGGGAAUACUCUGAUACGAGAUGCUUUUGACGAGCCAGAUUAUGCGCUUAUUGAUACUCUUUUCUCAUUAGCUGAAGCCUAUUUGUUUUCCCAGCUUGUUGACUUUAUGGACAAAAACCCAGGAAGAGUUCCAGCAAGAGUAGACUACGCUCGCAUGUACAAAGAUGUUCGAUCUGCUGUUGAUAUGUGCCAUCGGGAUGGAACUUUAAAGCAAAUGGUAGCAAAAGAUCCUAUAAAGUACAUCAACGAGGAUAAGUCUAUAGUUCCACUUCUCAAAAUGCUCAGGGAUUCUCGACGGGCAACGUUCUUGGUAACAAAUAGUUUAUGGGACUAUACAAAUAUUGUGAUGAAUUUUCUCUGCGAGUCUCGUACCCUUGAUGCUUGCAACUUUGAUUGGCUUCAGUACUUUGAUGUUGUCAUCACUGGCAGUGGAAAACCGGGAUUUUUCCACGAAGAAAGUAAUGCUAAUCUUUUUGAGGUUGAACCUGAAUCUGGCAAGCUUAUCAAUACUGAUAAUGGAACUCCUAUGGCUCAGGUUGGAAAUUCUUCACCUAGCAUAACACUGAAGAAGCAAAAUGAGCGUUGCAGGGUUUUCCAGGGAGGGACCGUUCGUCAUCUGCAUAAAUUACUCUCAAUUGAGUCAAGUUCACACGUUCUGUAUGUUGGGGAUCAUAUCUAUGGAGAUAUUUUACGCAGCAAAAAAGUUCUCGGUUGGAGAACAAUGCUCGUUGUUCCAGAGCUUGAGGCAGAGGUAAAACUGCUUUGGGAACUCAGGGACUCACGCAAGGCACUUCAGUUGAUGAGAAGUGACCGUGAUCACAUUGAAGAUCAAAUACAUCGUCUAAGGUGGUCCCUUGACUUUGAAGAUCUUAAAGCCGAUCAGAAGCAGGAGAAGUCUGCUUUGGUAGAGGAUUUGGAGUUAUUCAAUGGUUUCUUUGAACAGCUCCAGAGGGAUCAAGUAAGAAUCAAACAUCAACAGGCUCAACGAGAAUGUCACCAAAAAUUUCACAAGGUCUGGGGACAACUCAUGAAGACAGGCUACCAAAACUCGCGCUUUGCACAUCAGGUUGAGAGAUUUGCCUGUCUUUAUACCAGUCAAGUAUCCAACUUAAGCCUUUACUCCCCAAACAAAUACUAUAGACCCGGUGAAGAUUUCAUGCCCCACGAAUUCAAUAUUCUUCCAAUGUGAACCCUGUUUGCUUGCUGACUACAGGUGGCAUGAUUUAAUUUUUUUUUGCCAUGGAAAAGGAUAAUGAUAAUCCUUUAACCAAAAUGUUUUUUUUUUCCCUUGAAUGAAAAUGUGACAUGAAUAACUCUGUUUUUAUACAACAGAUGCUUACAACUGUAUUCAAAAUAUUGUCUAUAGUAGCUAGAUGCUUGCAACUG